AUUGCGUCUUUGGUGCAUAACUUUUGGUCUCGGUUUUGCUAGCUUUUUCGGUCGUCUUUUCUAGUUAUAAUGGCAAAUAGACUCAUUUGCGGAACACCCGGGCUUAUAUCUGUAACAAGGACGUUGGGCCGUCAGGGUGUCUGUCUCUCCAGACCACAGUACGCUGUCCUCUGCAGACAUGUUGUCCCGAUGGGAACCACAGCUAAAGAGGAGAUGAACACAUUUUGGGCCAAAAAUUCCAGAUCAAACCGACCCCUCUCUCCACAUCUCACCGCCUACAAGUGGACUAUGCCCAUGAUGAUGUCCGUCGCACACAGAGGAACUGGGAUAGGGCUCAGUGGAGCUGUCUCUGCCGUUGCAGUGGCAGCGCUGGUAUUACCGGGAAAUUACCCCUACUACCUGGAUUUGAUCCAUUCACUGUCAUUCGGCCCCUUUCUCAUUGGGCUGGCCAAGCUCGGCAUCGCCUUCCCCUUAUCUUACCACGCCUUUAAUGGCAUCCGCCACUUGAUUUGGGACAUCGGCAAGGGUUUCAGAAUGGCUGAGGUCUACCGUUCCGGCUAUGCGGUUAUCGGUCUCUCCAUCAUCACCUCCAUAGCCUUGGUUUUGCGCUAAGCUCAGGACGAGAACAGAUGAGCAGAAAGGAAAGGAGGGGAGGGAGCUGAAGGGAAUGUGGACUGGAUGCACCGGUGGUGUUUUGUGUAUAUGUUCUGUUCUGGCCUGCUGUAGGCCCCAUUUCAUCAGAAUAUUAAAUAAAGGAUUAUAUUGUGCUGUAUGCA